UUCACAUCUCACAAACAUGGCUUUCAAAUUUUUGGCAUUCGCCGCUUUUGUCUCAGUUGCUCGUGCAGGAGUGAUCGGAGAAGCGUACUCCUCACCACUUGCCUACGCUGCACCAGCCGUAGCUAAAGUUGCCUACUCACAAGCUCCAGCAGUGUCAUAUUCCAGCAUUUCUUCACCCGUAGCAUAUGCCGCAGCACCAACUAUUGCCAAGAUAGCUGCACCAGCUGUAUCAUAUGCCGCUCCAGCUCUUUCAUACGCCGCCCCAGUCGCUAAAGUUGCCUACUCAUCAGCUCCAGCCGUCUCUUACUCCAGUGUAUCCGCACCAGUAGCCUACGCCGCUGGACCAGCCAUCGCCAAAGUAGCAGCUCCAGUAUCAUACGCAGCCCCAGCUCUAUCCUACGCCGCACCAGCUCUCUCUUAUGCCGCUCCAGCUCUUAAAGUAGCUGCCCCAGUACAUUAUGCUGCCCCAGCAUUGAAAGUAGCAGCUCCAGUUGCAUAUGCCGCUCCUGUUGCCAAAGCAGUUUAUGCCGAACCAUCCGCACCAGCUCACUACGAUUUCGGAUAUGCAGUAAGCGACCCUCACACCGGAGACAGCAAAAGCCAACAAGAAUCCCGUCGUGGUGAUGUUGUCCAAGGUAGCUACUCCCUUAUUGAUUCCGAUGGUACAAAACGUACCGUUGACUACACCGCUGAUCCACACAACGGUUUCAAUGCUGUCGUACACAGAGAACCACUUGGCGUCGCUGUCAAAGCCGUAGCUGCUCCAGUUGUAGCUAAAGUAGCCGCCCCUAUCGCCUAUGCUCAACCUGCAUUGAAAGUAGCCGCUCCAAUUGCUUAUGCCCAACCAGCUCUUAAAGUAGCUGCUCCUCUUGGAUACGCAUCUCCAUAUGCAUCACCAUACGGAUCCCCAUACUACCACUAAAUAAACAUUCCGCUGGAUAUUGCCUUGUAAAUACGAUGUAUUUAUUUUUUAGAUAAUAAAUUUUUAC